AUGAUAAAAUUUCGUACAGAAGGUUAUAACGGUCCAUUCAUCGAAAAUAAAAUUGCUUGUGCUACAGCAGCAAAUUUUGGAUUGGUUGGAAAUGGAAGAUUAUUUAUUAUGAAUAUUGGGGUUGGACCUAAUGGAAUUGAUAUAGAAAGAAUAUUCGACACACAAGAUGGAUUAUUUGAUUGUUCUUGGAGUGAGAAUAAUGAAAAUCAGAUUGUUACAGCUAGUGGUGAUGGUUCUAUAAAAUUAUGGGAUAUAGCUCUUCCGGAAUUUCCUAUAAGAAAUUGGCGUGAACAUGGAAGAGAAGUAUUUUCGAUACACUGGAAUUUAAUAAAAAAAGAUUCUUUUGUCAAAUUAUUACAAUCUAUAAGUAAAUAUGAAGAACAUAAUAAUUGUGUAUACAGUACCAUAUGGUCACCUUAUAAUUCCGAUGUAUUUGGUUCAGCUUCAGGGGAUCAAACAGUAAAAAUUUGGGAUACUAAAGUUCCUCGAUCAAUUCAAACUAUUCGUGCACAUUCUAAUGAAAUAUUAUCAUUGGAUUGGAAUAAAUAUCAAGAAAAUGUAAUAGUAACUGGAUCAGUUGAUCAUACAGUAAAAGUUUGGGAUUUAAGAAAUCCAAAUUAUGAAAUUGUUUGUCUUCGAGGACAUGAAUAUGCUAUACGUAGAGUAAAAUGGUCUCCACAUAAAGGUAAUAUUAUAUCAAGUGUUAGUUAUGAUAUGACAAUGAGAUUGUGGGAUACUAUGUUAGUAAAUUCUUUAUUAGAUGUACAUGAUAUGCACACGGAAUUUGUAUUAGGUGUAGAUUUUAAUUUAUAUAUUGAAGGUGAAAUUGCUACUUGUGCUUGGGAUGAAAAUGUUCACAUUUUACAUCCUCCUUGUUUAUUACCAGCAACUGUACUUUAA